GUCUUGGUUUCAACCGCAUGUUUUGCUUACUUUUUGAUUCAGUAUAGGACUAUUUUUCAAUUGGUGUGUAUUAGUACGCAGAUACCUGUAAUUUCAGCAGGUACAAAAAUACCGGAGCACCGGUGUCGACUAAACAAAUAAAAAGGAGAGUUUAUAGGUUUAUGAUUGUUGACCACAUCCAACUCUCCACUAGCCAUCCUGACCUCCUGGGUUACACUCCACUCUUCACAUCAGCUCUGCUCUCAGCUGCCUAGUCAUGGACGGUGGCAAGAAGGUCUGGGUUCCGCAUGCUACUGAUGGCUUCAAACUCGGACGAAUCGUUGACAUCGGCUCUGAGUUCAUCACAGUGGAACCAUUUGAUGCUCCAGGCUCAACAUUGAAGGCGUUUUACGACCGUACGUUCCCUGCCGAGGAGUAUGACACCAAGGACGUGGACGACAACUGUGGACUCAUGUACCUGAACGAGGCCACCCUGCUCAACAACCUGCGCAUGAGAUACAUGAAGAACAAGAUAUAUACGUUCACAGCUAACAUCUUGAUUGCACUGAAUCCAUACGCCAAGAUUCCACAUCUGUACAACUCGGAGACUCGUCAUGCCUACAAGGGGAAGUCACUUGGUACCAUGCCUCCACAUGUCUACUCUAUCGCUGACAAGGCGUUCCGGGACAUGAAGGUGAACAAGAUGAGCCAGUCCAUCAUCGUGUCCGGGGAGUCCGGGGCAGGCAAGACAGAGUCCACCAAGUACAUCCUCAAGUAUCUCACCGACAACUGGGGCACCAAGGCUGGACCCAUCGAGCAGAGGAUCGUGGAAUGCAAUCCAUUGUUGGAAGCCUUUGGGAAUGCAAAAACAGUCAGAAACAACAACAGCAGUCGGUUUGGAAAGUUCAUUGAAAUCCACUUUGACAACAAGAAUUUUGUGGCGGGAGGGUUCAUCUCCCACUAUCUGCUGGAGAAGUCUCGUAUCUGCGUUCAGAGCAAGGACGAGCGUAACUACCACAUCUUCUACCGCCUGUGUGCGGGGGCACCUCCCGACCUACACAAGCGUCUCCAGCUGGCAUCACCUGACCAGUUCCAUUAUCUGUCUCGUGGCUGUACGCAGUAUUUCACAUCGAAGGAAUCUGAGAAGAGUCUAACCAACGACCGCAAGAGCCAGUUGUUUCUGAAGAACGGCAGCCUCCACGACUCUGUGAUAGAUGACGUGACAGAUUUCAAGGUGUGUGAUGAUGCGAUGGCCCACCUGGGUAUGGGGGAUGACGACCGGACACUGGUGUACACCAUCGUUGCUGCAGUGCUGCACCUGGGAAAUAUACACUUUGAGGACAAUCAUGAGGAUACAAGAGGUGGCUGCAAGUUGACAGGAGUGUCUGAGAAGUCUCUUCUCAUUGCGUCUGUCUUGCUGGGGGUGGAAAAGGGUGACCUUCAGGAGUCGCUGAUCACUCGAGUCAUGCAGGCGACGCGCGGAGGGGUCAAGGGAACUGCAAUCAAACGUAUGCCAAAUAAAGAUGAUGGAGAAGUGAUCAUGGUCCCCCUGAAGUACUCCGAGGCUUCCAGUGCUCGAGAUGCCCUGGCCAAGGCCAUCUACUCGCGCCUGUUUGACUACAUCGUGCUCAGGAUCAACAAGGCCAUACCGUUUGCCUCGUCCGUCUCGUUCAUUGGACUGCUGGACAUUGCUGGCUUUGAGUAUUUCCAGGAGAACAGCUUUGAACAGUUCUGUAUCAACUACUGCAAUGAGAAACUACAGCAGUUCUUCAAUGACCGUAUCCUGAAGGAGGAGCAACAGUUGUAUGAGAAAGAGGGAUUGAAUGUGAAGAAGAUCAAAUGGACGGACAACACAGACUGCAUUGAGCUGAUUGAGAUGAAGUCCAAGGGCAUAUUUGACCUGCUGGAUGAGGAGAGCAAGCUGCCCACCUCCAAGCCUGACCACUUCACCAUGGAGGUGCAUAACAGAAACAAGGACCACUUCAGACUCAGUAUUCCCCGUAAAUCCAAGUUGAAGUCCCACAGAGAUGUUCGUGACGACGAGGGUUUCUUGAUCAAGCAUUUUGCUGGAGCCGUGUGUUAUAAUACGACCCAGUUCAUAGAGAAGAACAACGAUGCUCUGCACGCCUCACUAGAGUUCCUGUUCAGGGAGAGCAAGAACACGCUGGUCAAGCAGCUCUUUGAUGCGGUCGAGGUCUCCACCGGCAAGCUCAACUUCAUCAGUGUGGGCAGCAAGUUCAGAUCACAGCUUGUCGUGCUCAUGGAGAAACUCAAAGCGACGGGUACGAACUUUGUUCGAUGUAUCAAGCCCAACAGUAAGAUGUGUGACCAUCUUGCAGAGGGCGCCUCCAUACUGAGUCAGCUGGAAUGUGCAGGUAUGAAUGCUGUCCUGGACCUUAUGCAGCAGGGUUUCCCCUCGCGGACCCAGUUCUCUGAGCUGUACAGCAUGUACAAGGCCUACCUGCCCCCUGACCUGGCACGCCUUGACCCCAGACUCUUCUGCAAGGCCCUGUUCAAAGCUCUAGGUCUGGAUGACAACGACUUCAAGUUUGGUCUGACCAAGGUGUUCUUCCGGCCGGGCAAGUUUGCCGAGUUUGACCAGAUCAUGAAGAGUGACCCAGAGAACCUGGCCCUGCUGGUGGCCAAGGUGCGGCGCUGGCUGCUGUGUUCCCGCUGGCGCAAGGCACAGUGGUGCACGCUGUCCGUCAUCAAACUGAAGAACAAGAUCCUGUAUCGCCGUGAGCGUCUGGUCGCCAUUCAGAAGACCAUCAGAAUGUGGAAUGUCGCCAAGAAAUUCAAACCCAAGUUCGAGGCAAUCACGAAGGUACGUGCCACUCAGGACCAGUUGGUCCUCAUGAACGACAUUGUGUCCCACAUGAAGAAAGACAAGGAGAAGGCUACACAGCAGGUCAAGGAGAUGGAGGCAGCCCUCGCAGGUCUAGUGCAGAAGAUCAGGGUGACCGACAUGACACGCGAGCAGAUGAACAACGCUCACCAGGACCUCAUCAACAAGAUGAACAGUGCACUGAACGACCUGAAGAGGGAGCUGGAGCAGCAGAAGGUGAAGGAGGAGCAGGAGAGACUGAGGAAGAUCCAGGAGGAGAUGGAGAAGGAGAAGAAACGGAAGGAGGAGGAGGAGAGGAAGCGCAAACAGGAGGAGGAGGAGCGGAAACUAAAAGCUGAGAUUGAGGCUAAGAGGAAGAAGGACGAAGAAGAAAGGAAGAAACGGGAGGCAGAGGAGAAGAAACAGGAGGAGCUGUUGAAGGUUCAGCGUGAGAAGGAGCGCGCAGAGCAGGCUGAGAGGCAGGCCAUCAUCGAGCAGGAGCGGCGUGACAGAGAGAUUGCGCUACGAUUGGCCGCUGAGGAUCAGAACCAGGUGGAUGACGUCACUCUGCCUCCAUUAGUCAGUAGGGAGGCGUCGGCUGGGCAGGUGGCAGGUAAACGCAACGACAAAGACCCGUGGACAGUUGACAACACUGUCAGGUCUGAUGCUGUGAUGGCCCAACGAGCGGCCCAGGCUGGCAAGAAGUUUGACCUGUCCAAGUGGAAGUAUGCUGAGCUCCGCGACGCUAUCAACACUUCUUGUGACAUGGAGCUACUAGAUGCCUGCCGCGCAGAGUUCCACCGCCGCCUGAAGGUGUACCACUCGUGGAAGUCCAAGAACAAGAAGCAGGGCAUGAAGCAGGAUGAGCGGGCACCAGUACAGGUCCAGAAUGAAGCCGAGCAUGUGGUAGUCCCCCCUACACCCGCCGGACCGGCUAAACAGCAAGAGGAAAACGGCGUUCAGCGGUUCUUCCGUAUUCCGUUUGCCCGGCCUGCCGAUGAGUACAGGGAGGGCGCCCAGCAAAAACACGGCAUGUGGUACGCCCACUUUGACGGACAGUGGAUUGCACGCCAGAUGGAAAUCUACCCUGACAAGCCGCCCGUGCUGAUGGUUGCUGGCAAGGAUGAUCUAAAUAUGUGUGAGCUCAGUCUAGAGGAGACAGGGCUGGCCAAGAAAAAGGGCGCAGAAGUACUUGGCAAGGACUUCGAGACAGAAUGGGCCAAGAACAAUGGCGCAGAAUAUCUGAGGCAAAACGCAAACCAAAUAACAUCCAAAUUCUUACAAAAACGCAUUGGUAUAGCAAAAUAAACAUAGAUUCAUGUAGUGUUGUGAUUAGGUUUGCUUUGAUAUUCAAAAUAGUUGUUAAAUAUUAAUGUUACAACAAAACUAGAACUAGAACUAUAUGUAUAAAGAUAGACAUUUGGACCUAAGCUAAAAUAAUUGUAGCAUUUUUUGCAUUUUAUUUAAAAGGGUGAUUAUGGUUAUUGGCAACAUAGAUCAAAUUGUAUUGUUUUUAGAUUUAAAUGUUUGUUAAAGUUUCCAAAGUUUAAAUUAAUUGUAAGUGUGGUUUUGUCUAUUUCUGUUGUAAUAAGUAGGUUUAUUGUUUGCAUUUAUUUCUUUAUUGAUGGUAUAAUAUUUGUCAAAAGCUUCUGGUUUUACGUCUUUUCUGUAAGCAUUUAUGUUGCAAAAUGAUCCAAUUUACAACUUGAGACAUUCCAUUGGGAUUGAUAACUGGCUACUUACAUAUAUGAAAGCGGCCAGUUGUCAAGUUAUAUUCACUAUGGUAAAUGAUAGGGCUGCACAAAUAUUGCAAAACCCAUGUUGUAACAAUUUGAAAAACAGAAAACCUGCAUUGCGAUGUAUGGGGCAACAGGAAAUAAAUAUUGUUUUUCAAUUUAUGUGAAAAGGGAACAUUCGUAUUGCGAUAUAUGAAAAAAGGAAAACCCAUUUUGCAAUAAAUUGCAAAACGCAACAUCAAUAUUUCAUAAUAUUGUUAAAAGGAAACCCCAUAUUGCAUUACAUUUAAAACAUGAAACCCACAUUGCAAUACAUUGUAAAAAGGAAACCCCAUAUUGCAAUAUAUUGUUAAAAGGAAACCCCAUAUUGUAAUACAUUGUAAAAAGGAAACCCCAUAUUGCAAUAUAUUGUUAAAAGGACACCCCAUAUUGAAAUACAUUGUAAAAAGAAAACUCCAUAUUGCAAAACAUUAUAAUAAGGAACAAGCAUAUUGCAAAACUGAACUCAAUACAUUUGCAAUCUUGUUGCAGCCCAAGAUAAAGUUCAUUUGUAGACAUUACUGUUUUUUAUUAAUUUGCUUUGGAAAUGAGGGAAUCUUCUAAACCACUACCGGUACAUGGUUUGAAAUAUGUAUUAAAGCGAGAUUAUACGAUUUUGUCAAAUAUUUAUGAAUUUAAUUAAAAUGUUUAAGAAACUUAUUGAACAAAAAUUUCCAUGUAAAUUUUAAUAAAAGUUAAGAAGAACAUGUGUAGAAAAAUGCGAAAUAAGCCAGAUAUUUAAAUCUAAAUUCGAAAAAGACUGUACAGUCGAAUUCGCCAGCCUGUACAUCAUGCAUGUACAAUGUGAAUCUAAAUUUAGUUUAACGGUUAAUUUUAAAUUCCUGCAACGAUAUCUAUUCAUACGUCACACCAACACUAACUACAAAGACGAAUGCUUCAGUUAUUGUAGGAAAAUAUUUACGAAAUAUCUUCGUUACAAUUGGCUCGGGGCGCUAAUUUGUCUUUGCUGCAUUUUAUGAAAUUCGUCUUCAAUGUAUAAUUUUUCUUGCCUAUUAUGAGUUCUUGUAACAUAUUUUAUCAAUAUAUUACAAAUGAACACAUAUUAAAAAUCAUAUAAUCUCGCUUUAAAGAUGGUCCAAAUAUUCAUUUACAUAAAUGGGUUAUAUAUAUUUUUUUAUAUGACAUUUUCUUAGUCAACAUUAUGCCUUUAUAUGGGUUUUGUAAACACAAUUUUUGAUGUUAGUAUCUACUUGCUUUAUUUGUAAAAUUAUUUAUAAAUUUUUCAAUUUGUUUGCAAGUAUGAACAAGUCUUGAAGUGAAUAAAUGCCCCAGCUUAUGUUGAUAGUUGUACAUUUUUUCACAGGGUGGGUAGUGUUUAUCAUGUCUAUGUACUUUGCUGGACCAAAAUCAUAACAUUUUAUUAAAAAAAAAUCAUGAUUUUACAUUUUGAUUGACUUACAAACCUCCUUACAAGUUUAAAACUGUAUAACCUUUUUGUUAGAAAGAACUGAUUUUGCUGUUAUGUUGAUAAGCUAUAUACUUGUACUAGUGUGGGUUAUGUGUCCGCUAUUUUCUAGAAACUAUUUUUCCCACUGAAACUUCUACUCCACUAUAUUGCUUUGAAUUUGUAUUAAAGAUGGUCCAAAUAUUCAUUUACAUAAAUGGGUUAUAUAUAAUUAUAUAUGGCAUUUUCUUCGUCAAUAUUAUGUCUUUAUAUGGGGUUUUGUAUACACGGUUUGUGAUGUUAGUAUCUACUUACUUUUUUUUGUACACUAUUUAUUUACUUUUUAAGUUUGCAAGUAUGGUAAAGUGUUGAAGUGAAUGAAUGCCCCAGCUUAUGUUGAUAGUUGUACAUUUUUACACAGGGUUUGAUAGUGUUUAUCAUGUCUAUGUACUUUGCUGGACAAAAAUCAUUACAUUUUAUUUUAAAAAAAAUCAUGAUUUAACAUUUUGAAUGACUUAUAAACUUCCUUACAAGUUUACAACUGUAUAAAAUCUUUGGAAAGAACUGAUUUUAGAUGAAGUUAGGUAGAUUAGCUAUGUGCUUGUGCUAGUUUGGGUUAUGUGUCUGUUAUUUUCCAGAAGCCAUUUUUCCACAGAGUCUUGUUGAGGUAUACAGCCAUCCCAUAUGGAAUAAAUUAUUAAGCACCUUAUGUACAUCACCUAUGUAUUUGUAUGCUAUACAUGAUUGAGUUUUGCGUUUGUCUCAUAUGUUGUUGUGAUGUGGACCUUGUGUUUGUAUCAGAUGUUGAUUAAUUGUGAAUAGCC